GAGGUUAGAGUAUGAUUCAGAAAACUGUAAAGAAUCCAAAAUUCAUUUCACAACUCCCGCAAUAUCCUACGUUAUCAUUUCAACUUCUUUUUUAUUUUUAUUUUUUUUACACACCUCCAAUUUUAUUUACUAUAGUUUUCCAGAAGAUAAUUGUGUUUUUUCAAAAGAAGGUCGUAAAAUAAUCAACUUUUCUGUUAAAAAAAUAAAGUAAAAUUAUCACAAACAGCGAUAUCAGAGAUGGGUGAUUAAAUUCUUUGAUCUAUUACAGAUGGGAGAAGAAGAACAGACAAAACCAGCAGAAGAAGAUUCAAAGAAUUCUUCAGUUGUUGUUGCUGUUACUGGUGUAGAACAACCAAAAACUCAAGAAGAAAAGAUGGUGGUUUCAGAUGUCAGAAAUUCUGCUCUUCAGCCUUCUUGGUUUACACCUAAAAGGUUACUGGCAUUAUUUUGUGUGAUUAACUUGAUAAAUUACUUGGAUCGAGGAACAAUUGCUAGCAAUGGUGUGAAUGGCGAACGCAAGACUUGUUCUGGUGGUAAAUGCUCUGGUGGCAGUGGAAUUCAGGGAGAAUUCAACUUAAGCAAUUUUGAAGAUGGUGUGCUAUCAUCAGCUUUCAUGGUUGGACUCUUGUUAGCUUCCCCUAUUUUUGCUACAUUAGCAAAGAGUAUGAAUCCAUUUAGAUUAAUUGGAGUUGGAUUGUUGGUCUGGACUAUCGCUAUUGUUGGCUGUGCGUGCUCAUGGGAUUUCUGGUCCAUUUCCAUUGCCCGGAUGCUUGUUGGUGUAGGCGAGGCGUCAUUUAUCAGCCUUGCAGCCCCCUUCAUCGAUGAUAAUGCCCCUGAUACUCAGAGAACAGCAUGGCUUGGAUUUUUUUACAUGUGUAUACCAGUUGGAUAUGCAGUUGGCUAUAUUUUUGGCGGCCUGGUUGGAAGCCAUCUUGCGUGGCGUUGGGCUUUUUGGCUUGAGGCAAUUUUGAUGGUUCCAUUUGUUAUAUUAGGAUUUGUUAUGAAACCACUGCAGUUGAAAGGAUUUGCACCUGCUGGAUCCAAAAAGGCGUCCUCUGUCGAGACAGUUGCUCCUGAUGCACUAGAUUCAGAGAUUUUAGUUACUGGUGACAGUGAGGAGAAAAUUGAUGAUUUGGGUGAAGCUUCCAAAUCAGGGAAUGUAUUUACAAGAUUUUUAAGUGACAUGAAGGUGCUUCUUUCUGAGAAGGUUUAUGUUGUCAAUGUUCUAGGUUAUAUAUCUUACAACUUUGUUUUGGGUGCGUACUCAUACUGGGGACCAAAGGCUGGUUACAAUAUUUACAACAUGGCUAAUGCGGAUAUGGUCUUUGGUGGGAUUACAGUUGGUUGUGGAUUGGCUGGAACUAUAGGUGGAGGUCUCGUUCUUGAUUACAUUAACUCCACACUUUCCAAUGCUUUUAAGCUUCUCUCUGCUUCAACUUUUCUUGGAGCUGUGUUCUGCUUUGGUGCUUUCUGUUUCAAGAAAGAAAUAUAUUUCCUUAUUUUCUUCGCAAUUGGUGAACUACUUGUCUUUGCAACUCAGGCCCCUGUAAAUUAUGUAUGCCUUCACUCUGUUAAGCCCAGUCUACGUCCACUUUCUAUGGCCAUGUCCACGGUUUCAAUUCAUGUGUUUGGAGAUGUACCAUCCUCGCCCCUUGUUGGUGUUCUCCAGGAUCAUAUUCAUAAUUGGAGGAAGACAGCUCUAAUUUUGACUUCUAUUUUGUUUCUAGCAGCUGCAAUAUGGUUUAUAGGGAUCUUUUUCCGCAGUCCAGACAAAUUUAAUGAAGAGAGUGAACAUAAUAUCAGUGAACUUAACAACACAAACAAAGCACCACUGCUAGAUGAGGAGGCAAAUACUGCAUAGUUUGUUUGUUACAGCCUAUCUUGCUCGGGCUUUAUAAUUUGUCUCAGUAACAGAGGUUCAAACUCUUGACACUUCAUUUGACACUUGGACACAUAUACCCGUGUCCUACAUCAGUACGCAAGUUCGAGUAACAUCGGUUCCUGCUAUAAUUCUCAUAGAAACUGGCGUACACACGUUUCUGCAAUUGUAUAUAUUCCCUUUUGUGAUUAAUUGUUAGGAAUAUCUUUGUCUGCUUUUAUCCCUCACGUCUAAGAUUUUUGUAGGCGUUCGAUUCGUUCAUUUUCAGCAGUAGAGGAUCCUUGUGUUAGCUUUUCUUGAACAGCUAGUUGCCUGUAUAGAUUUAUCAUACAGUAGGAUUUAAGAAUUACUAUGGUUCAGGAUACUAAAGUUACCCAGAAUCGUAUCGUGCUUAUCCGAGAUAUCAAGCAAUUGGAAAUCUUUUUGGCUUUUAUA